UCCGCAGCCGAACAACGUGCACGAAUUCACUUUGCGUUUCAGAAAAGAAAUCUCUUUUGAUGGGUUCACGAAUGGCGGUAGCGCCUGCGAUGAAGAUCGUCGGAAAUCGCCUAUUUUCCACGGCGGCGAUCUUCCGCCCGGCAGUUUUUGGGUUCAAUAACAAUGCCAUUCGGUACGGUGCAGCUGGUCCCGUGUUCGGCCCCCGGUUCAUGGGAACCGCCGCUGUCUCGGCCGAAGAAGACGGCGAGGAAGCGAAACUCACCGGCGGGAAGAAGGAGGAUAAGGCUGUGAUGAGCUAUUGGGGCGUGGAGCACAAGAAGGUUGUGAAGGAGGACGGCUCUCAGUGGAAAUGGACUUGUUUUAGGCCAUGGGAUACAUACUCGUCAGACUUAUCGAUUGAUUUGGGCAAGCAUCAUCUGCCUGUUACGUGGAUGGACAAGCUGGCUCAGUGGACAGUGAAGACGCUCCGAUGGCCGACUGACAUCUUCUUUCAGAGAAGGUAUGGCUGCCGGGCGAUGAUGCUGGAGACUGUAGCAGCAGUGCCGGGGAUGGUCGGCGGAAUGCUCCUCCACCUCAGCUCUCUCCGCCGCUUCGAGCACAGCGGAGGCUGGAUCCGUUCUCUCCUCGAGGAGGCUGAAAACGAGCGAAUGCACCUCAUGACCUUCAUGGAAGUCUCGCAGCCUCGCUGGUACGAACGAGCCCUCGUCAUAGCCGUCCAAGGUGUCUUCUUCAACGCAUACUUUCUCGGCUAUCUCAUCUCCCCUAAAUUCGCCCACCGCGUUGUUGGCUAUCUCGAAGAAGAAGCUAUUCACUCAUACACCGAGUUCCUCAAAGAGAUCGAUAAAGGUAACAUCGACAACGUUCCUGCGCCGGCCAUAGCCAUCGACUACUGGCGUCUCCAGCCAGGCGCCACUCUGCGUGACGUCGUCAUGGUCGUCCGCGCCGACGAGGCCCACCACCGCGAUGUCAACCACUAUGCAUCGGAUAUUCAUGUGCAAGGGCUUAAGUUGAAGGAACUGCCAGCGCCGGUGGGCUAUCAUUGACGAUCGACUGAAUAAUUCGCUUUGGGAGGGGAGACUGUAUGGAAUUACUUAAUCUCUUUCUGUAUUGUUAAAUAUUUCUUUAUGUGUGAAAGUUUAAUGUGAUGCUUCAUUGUUUUAUAACUGAAGAGAGGUAGAGAGACAAAAACUGUUUUGAUAUAAUUAAAAAGAAAAAUUAUAUAGAUAUCUAUAUAUAUUUCAUUA